GGUAAAUUCGUAAUCUUAGUCCACAAGGCCAAUUCGUUGGCUCCCAUGUCUCAUCCAAGCCCAAAAACCUAAAACCCUAACGUUCUCAUACGCCUUCCUCUCUGCAGUACGAGCGAAAAUGGUUGACGCUUCGAGUUCAGUGAAGAAGGUGAAGAAUUUUCUGUUUUCUGGAACGGCGAAUUCGGUGGAGACUGUGAAAUCCUUUUACAAUUCUCAGGUUCAUGACGAGGAAAAGUGGGCUUUGAACAUGAAAUUGCUUCGUGCUGCUGGAAUGUUUGCAGGAUCCAUCCUUCUCAUGCGGAAUUAUGGUGAUCUUAUGGCAAUAUGAGAGAGAGUUCACGAGAGGGCAGCAAUUCUUAUCUCAUAACUUUUCUCUAUUUCUGAGUUCGUUACAGCUCUAUUCAAUUUCAGAUAGGAAGUUUCAAUUUUGUUUCUCUUGGUAAUGCUGGAACUGAUGAGAAUGUGUUCUCCCCUUUCCUCUUUGAAGUAGACCCUUUUUUAAACGUACUAUUUGUCACCUAAAUCAGUGGACAGAUGAAAUCUGAAAUCCAAAACACUUGAUUAAACCUUGAAAA